GACAUCAAUGACCAGAACUACUUGAAGAUUCAGGGCAGCCCCCCUUUGAUUUCCAGGUUGAUUUGCGGAUGCACUCUGAAAAGCCAUUCCUUCUCCAAUUCCACCACUUUCAAUGAGUUGAAGCAGAAGAGGAACCACAAGCUCAUGAGCAAUGGUCAGAAGAAGCUCAAGACUGAACAGGUGGUUGAAAUCACCAUUGGCUCCACCAAUGUAUCCAUCCUGUGCCCUGGGAAGAGGUCUGCAUCAGCAGAUCUUUUGGUCUUGAUGGACCAGGAUCAGCUGAGUUGUGUCUUUGACUUUUUGAAGACUGAUUGCAAGGACAAUGGCAAAGCCAAAAGGUCUUACAAAAAGGGUGGCAACAAGCCCCAAAAAGAUGAAGAAGCAGACUAG